UCCAUUUUUCAUAAACUUGUUCUAGCUGAAUGCACAAUUUAAUUGUACAUCAACACGGUUAUUUACAUAUAUAAAGCCACCAUAACCCGAUAAUUGUGAGCGUUAAAAACAUACGCAAACAUAUUGACUGAGAAAUCUGCAAACUUUGUCCAGACACAAUAAUUUAGUUAAGUCAUCAUACCAAAUUAAAUUUUUGUCAUUUUUUGUCCAGUAACGAUAAUAAAAUGAGUUUAGAAUUAUACACGGGUUGUUUUCUGCAGUUAAUCUUGGCCAAAAAUAUAUGGUCACAAUUACAUUAUCCAACUGAUCCCAGUGACCCCUUUCCCACCAAUGAUGCGUGUCUGCAUCAUGUUAUUCUUCCAGGAAAAACUCCGAUUAAUGAAAGUGCAUCAAGGCUGAUCUGGAACACGCCUAGAGUUUUCUUGGUGUCGACAAAUGCUACAAAUGAAGCCGAGAACUCGGUAGAAUUAGGUCACGUGCGGCGCUCCAAGUGGAGUGGUGGAGCUUGUUUUCGAAUUUUGGUUUUUGCUCGUGACAGAAUUUCAGACAUAUUGGGUCAUCCUGAGGUAGCAGUGUGGGCUAAUUCUGAAAACGUGCUAGUGCUAAUAUUUGCAUCGAGAAGUUGGAAUUGGGAAGUGCUGGUGAGGAAGAAGGAAUUUGGAGAGUUUGAUAAGGUCCGGUUGAUAAGGUUUCAACUAGUGUUCAUUCUCCCCUUGAAAAAUUCGAAUACUUACAAGAUUGGAAUAUUUUGCUAUAUGUGUCGACAAGAAAGAUCGAUCACGUGGUCCCUUCAGGGACACAGAGGGUUUAACGCGAAGACAAAAUUUCAUAGCUUGGAAGGAUUUAAGAGAAAGCUAUAUUUGCAGUAUGACCGCCAAAAUUUGAUUGAGAGUCGCAACUGUGAGCUUGAGAUGUACUUUGGUGCAAAGAAAUCCUGCGACGAUGUCACCGUCAUCCUUCAAAUUUUGAAAACACGGCUUAAUCUGACGGUGGAUAUCGUAGACGAUAUCGACGACUUAGAUGGACUACCUCCCUCUUGCAAGGGAGUUAUUAAUCCGGCCGGCCUACCAGCAUCUGACAAUGACAUGGAAUUGCUAUCUUCGGGAGAAUUUAUGCAAUUUUUUAAAGACCAAACUGUGGGAAAAUUGUUUUAUUGCACUGGAUCAGAAAUAUUUGAGGUUGGUUCGAUCGAUAUUUUCGUGCGUGUGGUCACUCCUGAGGUUUGGGCUGGUGUAGGACUCGUUACGAUAUGUUACGGUCUGUUGAGGAAGAAUGUGUAUCAUGGGAUACAAACCCUGACCUUUCUAAUGGGUCAAGCAAUCCGUAUUCCUUCCUCACACCCAAACAAGAAACUAUUAAUCGGCCUACUCCUCCCCCUCGUGAUUCUGUCCGCAUGGUACGUCUCAUAUCUCACCAUGGAUGUCGUCGUGCCUCUGAAACCCAAAGUAGUCACUAGCAAUCAGGAAUUGUUAGAGCUCGGGUUUAGGUUCGUAAUCCCGUCGACAUCGGUCCUCCCCCUAAUCAGACAGUUGGCGGGUAAAAGCCUCGACAAAUUAGGGAUACCUUGGAGUUUAACGUAUUUUUUGGUUAGACCGGAUAUCACGAGAGCGGGAAAGACGCGACUACCCGAAUUUUUUCUCAAAUUGGGCUCAGUGAAUGGAAUCUAUCACACAACGGAGGAUUUUGUCAGGAUGAUGCAACGCAUGCAAUUGUUGAACCCAAGGAGCAAUCGGUAUGGAAACGUGAGUUGCAGUGUGGUUCGACAAGAUUGGGAUAAUGACCUGAAAGAGUUAUGGUUCGUGGGGGGUCAUCUGGCCGGGGGGUUUAUGCAAAUUUCUGUUUGGUUGAGGGAAUCUGGGAUGACUGCAUUUUGGAGGAUGAAAGACACUUUGAGCACGUUAAGCAACAUGCAGAUGUCGAGAUAUUGCCAAAUCGGGGAUCAACAAAUUUGUGGAAGUGACAUGGCACAGAAGAUUGGGCUUCGAUCGUCGAUUAGAUUCAUUUUUUGGGUCCUUUUAAUCCUCGUUGUGGUCGCAUUCUUUAUUUUUGUAUUUGAGCUGGUUAAAAAACGUAUUAGUAAAAUGGGUCGCUACUGUCGUUACAGUACACGAAUAUUAUGUAGGACUUGCUAUUGUUCUGUCAAGUGUUAUUGCCCAGUAAAAAUUUCUGUGGGACGGAGAAAUAAACACUUUUGCCUCUUUUAACAUGCUUUGACAUAUAUUUUUAUACAGUGCGGGAAAUUUUCCGUCCCACAGAGAUAUUUAGUCUGCAAUAGUUAAAUAAGUACAUAUGUCCGAUGUAAAUGUUUAUUAUAGAAUUUAUCUUGUUUUGGUUUUCUAUUCAUAUUUAAAUAGAUUAACAAAUAAAGGUAUGUUACCCAAAAAAAGGGGACAUUUUAACCUUUGUGCGACAUUUCUACCAAUAAUAAAUUAGUUAAACCAUUUCGACCCCAUUAUUUAUACGCGUAAAAAUAGAUAAAUAAAUAACUCUUGGAGUCCUUAAGCCUAUUUCCAGUCUGAAAAAAAUGGAAUUUAUGUAUGUAAAAGUAUACACAAAGAGUAUGCAGUAAA